CCGGCCAAUCGGUGGACAGUGCUUCCGAUGGAGCCGUCCUCCCCUUGGCUGUCGACUAGGGAACUUGACAUCUCCUAACCUCCUUUGCUUCAAAAUAUCGCAAGGAAACUGUACAUACAGCGUAUUCAUUUGAGGAGGUUAAAAGUGACGCUAGGCCACCAUGUUGAAUCUCCCGUGGCGCCUUCUUUGAACAGAUUCGGGAAGUUGUUAGCCACGGUCGGCAUCUUGAUAAGGAAAGAACUCGAUUUGUUAACUGAUUAGACAGUCUUAGAAACGAGCAUUGUCGAUGCUCCGAAGUGCACGACGUAACCCCCCCGUUCGUGGACCUGCGGAAAAAUGGCUAGUACGUGGAGCGAGGAUGAAAUUGGACGAAAGUGGGACCGUUGCUUCACGGACGCGGUUCUGAAAUUGGGAGGCGGCAUUUUUUUGGGCUCAGUAUUUUCCCUGCUUUUUAUUAAAAGAAAGUGGCCCAUCAUCGUCGGUGCUGGAUUUGGACUCGGUAUGGCAUACUCCAACUGUGAGAAGGACAUCAAUGCAUCGCUCAAUGCGUGCAAACGAAAGAGAAAGUGCGAAGAGAUUCCAAGCGAAGUGAAAAAAGGAAAGUAAAAUUUUUGUUGAGGUAGAUGCAUAGAAACUGACGAGGAAGCAUCCGAGAAACACGAAGGAGAACUAGGGUUCAUCGCUGUCGGGAUAGUUUAAUUUGUAACAUAGCUCGUGCACUGAAGAAAUAAAAUUCGUACAGUGUACAUAUAUAUAUUUCCAUUAAUUAUUACCGACUGUAAAUUACGUUGAAAUAAACAUUUUUCUCUCGACA